GUUGUAGUUACGUGUAUCGAAGUAGGUUCUGUUGCAGCGCUGAGUGUCUUUGUGAGUAUAUAAUUUUAAAUAGUUUAAACACUACCUAAAGCGGUGUUUGUGUUUUCUAUUUCAGCAGUCUAAGGUUAUUUAAUACCUUCCAAAUGGACGCCGGACUAAAGACUUAUGUCAGUUCUCUUAAUGAAUUCGCUCAGAAAAAAGGCUGGUCUGUACAUUAUGACCUGGUGAACACUGAUGGACAAGAGCACAUGAAAACGUUUACUAUGAGGGUAGUGAUGAAUGGUAAAAGCUAUCAUGGAGUUGGACAAAACAAGGAAGAAGCCGGGCAAAAUGCUGCAAAGAAUGCCCUCCAUGCUUUGACGAAUGAUGAACCGAUUAAUACUGUCUCUGAUGAAAACGCCAGCAGGGAAGACAAUCUAAAUCAAUCCUCCUCCAACACCAGGCCGAGCACACCUGCCCAGCUAGCCUGGAGUGAAAGUUCUGACUCUGGUUUAAUCAGUCAGUCUCUCACCAGCCACCAACAUCAAGGUAUGUUAAUUCCUCAAUUAUGUGUCUGUGUACAUGUUAAGAGACUUUAAAAUAUUUUUGUGUGGUUAUAUGUGAUAAUAUGAUGUGAUCACUGCAUGUGCAUGUGUUGGAUAGAUGUAAAUA